CUGGUGGACUAGGACUGAUGAGAGAUGCAGAGAUCUCGCAAAAAUCGUCAAAAAAGAGCAAAAGCUCUAGAGAGUGCAGCUCUGGAAAGUAAACAGUGGUACAAGGUAUCGCUGUCUCUGGUAUUUGUUAUUUGGGGUCUUGUUUUCCUGCUUCUGUCUUGGAGGGGUCACAGUGGUGGUUUCGGAGAGAGAGAAAUUCCCAAUGCUCAAACUUCACUGGAGGAAUUCCAGAAUAAAACCCAGAGUUCAUUUUUCCGUGAUACUGAUGUUAUUGAGAACUAUGAAGAGAACUCCAUCGAUGAACCACCAUCCAAUAGGAACACUCCGAUUAGUGGAGAAGAUUACCCAUCUGAUAUUCCUCAACUGGUCAGCAAUCAUGAACAGGGCUGGCCUGGGGAUGAAACUGUGAGGAUUGCCAAUGGUCCAUCAAAGGAGGAGAAAGGAGCAAUGGAGAUAGAUAAUUUAGAACCUCCUGUAAAGCUUCCAUUGGAUUCAAAAGUUCUCACUGAUGAAGAAGGAGAGCACCCCAAUUCUUCAGAACUGAAAGUUGAAGAAAGCCGUGGAGCUCAAAAGAGUAACAGAUUAUCUCAUGUUGCCACCUUAGCUCUCAAUGAGUUUAAAAGCAAAGCAAUUAAUUCCAAAGGCCAGUCAGAAUCUGGACGCCGUAAAGGCAUUGUUCACAGAUUAGAACCGGGUGGGAAAGAAUACAAUUAUGCUGCCUCUUCUAAGGGGGCCAAGGUUUUGGCUUAUAACAAGGAAGCAAAGGGAGCCUCUAAUAUACUGAACAAGGACAAGGAUAAGUACCUUAGAAACCCUUGUUCAGCUGAUAACAAGUUUGUUAUAAUAGAACUAUCUGAGGAAACCUUGGUGGACACCAUAGACAUUGCAAAUUUCGAGCACUAUUCUUCUAAUGUCAAGGAUUUUGAGAUUCAUAGUAGCUUGGUUUAUCCGACAGAGGCAUGGAUGCCUCUUGGCACUUUCCAAGCAGGACAUGUGAAGCAUGCACAAAGGUUCCCACUACCUGAGCCUAAAUGGGCCAGGUAUCUCAAGCUUGACAUGAUUAGUCAUCAUGGGUCUGAGUUUUAUUGCACCUUAAGUGCAAUUGAAGUGUAUGGGGUCGAUGCUAUUGAGAGCAUGCUUGACGAAAUGAGAAAUUCAGAAAAUGGAUUUGCGUCUGAGGAAUUACCAGAGUCUCGAUCUGGUUCGAUACAGGUUGAGCCUCCUGAUAGUGGUGAGGAUGAGCUCACCCAACUUUUUGAUGGGGUUGAGGGUUCCUCUGUUAAAGUUUCAGGGUCUCAACAAGGUGACAUUGACCAUGAAUCUCGACCUGAUGGGCCCGGCUCAAAGAAAGAAAUGUUGAAGAAAAAUAUGGUUGGCAGGAUGCCUGGGGAUACUGUUCUUAAGAUUUUAAUGCAGAAAGUGAGGUCUUUGGAGCUCAACUUCUCGGUUUUGGAGCGAUUCUUGGAAGAAUUGAACAACAGAUAUGGGAUUGUGUUUAAGGAUUUCGAUGGGGAAAUCACAGAGAAAGCCUUGGCUUUGGACAAUAUCAAAUCACAAGUGAAUGACCUGAUGCAAAUCAAAGAGAUCUCGGUUAAAGACAUUCGCAAGCUCAUUUCCUGGAAGUCUGUCAUUUCAUCUCAAGUGGAAAAAAUGGCAAGAGACAAUGAGCUCCUUAGAUUGCAAUUUGAAGAAGCUCAGGCUGAGCUAGUCGAUAUUGAGAACAGAAGCCUUGCUGUGUUGUUCACUAGUUUCGUUUUCGUAUUGUUUGCUGCUCUAAGACUAUUUAUAGGAAUGAUUUCGAGGAUUUUCUACAGAAAACAUGAUCAAUCCAAGCAGUUUUGUAAGACGAGUUCAGCUUGGUUUUUUGUAAUAUUGAGCAGCACUAUUGUAGCAUUCAUCCUCUUGAUAUAAGUACUGUACAGCAAAAGGGUUCAUAAAUAAAAUGAAAAGUGGUAUUCUUUUGUU